AUAGAGUAGAUAACCUCUAUAGCAAUUUCUCCUUUGAAUAAAAACGUUAUAUUUCUUCAAGACGUUUAAUAAAAAUAAUAGCUUAGGAGAGUUAAAAUGGGAGAGAAGAAAAAGUUUGUUAUUGAUGUCGAUUGCGGAAUCGAUGACGCAGAUGCUCUUUGUAUGGCAAUAUCUUCUCCAGCAAUAGAGAUUGUUGGUAUUACGUGUGUAUCAGGGAAUUGUCAGGUAAACCAAGUAUUGAUCAAUACUCUGAGAGUUCUAAGGGCUUGCGAUAGAUUAGAUAUUCCAGUUUAUAAAGGAUGUUCCAAACCCCUCAUUGGUUAUCGAAAAGGAACAAGAGAUGGAACUUACUUUCACGGUAGGGAUGGCUUAGGAAAUAGUCCUGAUCCUGAAGGUGAUGUUGAUCUUUCCUUGAUAAAAAAAGAGUCAGCUGUUGACGCUUUGAUAAGAUUGUCACAAAUGUACCAAGAUGAACUAGUAGUUGUUGCUUUGGCUCCUUUAACUAACUUGGCUGUAGCGUUGAGAAUAGAUGAUGAGUUUGCGAAACGAAUCAAAGAGUUGUACAUUAUGGGUGGUAAUUUAACAGGAGUUGGUAACGUAUCUAGGGCAGCAGAAUUCAAUUUUUAUAGCGAUCCAGAAUCUGCAAAAAUUGUUCUUAAAGAAUACAAGUGUCCUAUUACGAUGAUUUGUUGGGAACCAUGCUCUGAGUGUCCAUUAUCUUGGGAGUGGUAUGAUCGUAUUACUACUGGAAAUAGUAAAAAGUGCCAAUUUCACAAUAGAAUUUAUAAAUCGGCUCUUGUCGGAAAAAGAAAUAUGCCCAACUAUUAUGCUUGUGAUCCUAUAGCUAUGGCUGUAGCUAUCGAUAAUGAUGUAGCCAGCGAAACAACCCUGAAAAAUUGUGAUGUUAAUACAAGUGAAAGCUUAACUAGAGGACAAAUGUCAGUUGAUUUGAAAAAUGAUGAUUCUCUCAACUACAACGCAAAGAUUGUUUUAAAAUUGGAUACGGAUAAGUUAUCCAAAUUAUAUGAAGCUGCUUUUGACUAUAAAUAAAUGUUUAUUAUACCCGAUUAAAGACUUAUUCUUACUUAACCUUUCAAUCCAAAUAUAGAUUACAAGUAGGAUAAUUUAGUACGUCAACAGAGUUCAAUAUACUUUCCACGUAGUUAACAUUUAUAAUUUACAUAAAAAAUAACCUAAAUCAUACUAUUCUG